AUGUUCGGUACGAAUGAAGGACCAUGGAAUAUAGCUCUUCGUCUUGAAAACCGUCUUGGACCAAGACUUAAAGUUCAAGCUAUUGUAGAUAUAAACCCUAAAGUUGCCGAAGCUGCUUUAGCAAAGAAAAGAGCUACUUUCGUGAAGAGUGCUUAUGAGGAAACGGUCAUUGUUCCUAGUGUUAAAGCGUAUAAAGAGUUGGUAGAUGCUGGAAAAGUUUUGGCUCCUAAGGCAAUCUUCGUAGCUACUCCACCUAGAUGGAGAGGUUCUCUAGAACCCGGUAAAGAUCUCGAAGUCCAGCUAGUCACCGCUUUUCCCGAAGCCAACAUUUUCUUAGAGAAACCGGUUGCAACCAAUGCACCUUGGGAAAAAAGUGUGGAGGAUGCUAAAGCCAUCGGGGAGAUGGACGGUCAUAAUGAGGAGUCAGCACUGAUCAUCAGCUACGUACUCCGAUACGUUCGUGGAGCUAGGGAAAUGAAACGUAUUCUGGAAGAAAACCAUCUCACCGUGAUGGCCACUGUUGCUAGAUACUUUGGUGCAUACGAAUUAGCCUACUUGUCUGAUUGGUGGGACGUAUCUAAAUCUCAUGGACCUAUUUUGGAACAAGGGACGCAUUUGUGCGACUUGUCUCGAUUCUUCGGAGGUGAUAUCGACACAGAUACCAUGCAAGCUCAUGCUUUGGAAGCCUAUGAAAAACCCGCUGCGAAUCUUUCCAAGUUGUCUUUUAGCGAGGAAGGUAUUCCCUUAGCACACAGAGUUCCUCGUGCUACUUCUGCUACUUGGAAAUACGAAUCAGGAGCCGUUGGUACUUUCGUCCAUGGUACUCUUCUCCAAGGUGUAGAUUACGCUAUCGAAAUCGAAGUCUAUGCGGACGGACAUCAACUCAUUCUGCAAGAUCCUUUCGGAGUACCUUCGAUUUCCGUCAGGAAACCUGGGAGUGAUAUUCCUGAGGUUAUUCAGAUUAUGGGGGAUGAUCCUUAUCAAACUGAGAUGGAUGCGUUUAUCGAUGCUAUCGAAAACCCAGCGGAUAAUCGUAUUUUAUCUUCUUUCGAAGAUGCCGCAAAAACAUACGAAAUGACUUGGUAUCUCAAAAACUCUGCUUCGGCAAGUAGCGCUCGUCUCCGUGAGAAGAAAGGUAUCAAGUUGGAAGCUUAG